AAGCCCCGCGAUAUUGAUGCUCUUAAUUCUUUUAUUUUCUUAGGUUUGAGCAAAAAAUCACCGAUUCUAAAAAACACAAAGUGCUCUGACAUCAGGAUCAAUGGCGGCUAAGCCUUGUUUGAAGAUCAAAGGGAGAGGAAAAGGACCAAAGGGAUCGUCUUCUUCCACCACCUCGUCAUCAUCAUCCAAGAACGAGCUCGUCAAGGAGUGGACCAACUGGUCGCUGAAGAAAGCAAAGGUGGCGACUCAAUAUGGAUUCAUCCCACUGAUCAUCAUCAUCGGCAUGAAAUCAGAUCCAAAGCCUCACCUUUUCCAGCUUCUCAGCCCCGUCUAAACCCUCCAACUUGGCUAGAAAAUCUUCGUUAUGUUUUAGUUGCUCUACUUCCCCAACUUUGUUCUGUUUUCUUUUUCAUAAUAUAUUAUAUGAAAUGUCCUUCAAAGUUUUGUUAUUUGCAUUUUCUGCUCUCAAACAAUUAUAUCAAUAAAACAAAUUUCAUUUUCAAA